CCACUUGUAGGACGAUCUGAAUAAAUUGUGGCGACCUCUGAUGUCACAAAGGCCAUAACGGCUCAUCCAGUGCUAUAUAACUGAGAAACUCUGCCCUGCUUCCUGUCUCACUUGAGGACGGGAAUCUAGGAUGACAUCUGUAACUGUGUUCACCUCUAUCUUGGCGGUAGCGUUGCUACCUUUGGCAGAAUCCUACUCCUCCUUUCAGGACAGUAUUCCUAACGGCAGGAAUGUACGUAACCCCUGUAACCAAAUGCCUUGGCCUGGGGUUGGUCACCGAGCGAUCCAGGGCGGCGGAAGAAAAAACCGUUUCGGAGUUGAUUUUGCCGCUGCUGGAAAUAUGUGGACUCCUGAGUUGUGUCGGAAGGAUUCUGACAAUGAUGGCGUGUCCAACGGCGAGGAACUGGGCGACGUCUUCUGUAGGUGGAGCAUCUCUAACCCAAUCAACCUCGCCAGUCCCAAGGGACAUCCGGGUAUCUGUGAGCCUGUUGGAUCAAGUAAAUGUGGAAACAGCUGGAUUGCUUGCCCUUAGUAACCUUUCACCUGCCGUCCGACAUCCUGACACCAGCAGCCCGUUACAGGAAUCUGCUUCACGGCAUGCAGGCCCACAAAAUGACUACCAAGUCAUUUGUAGAGAUUUGCUUUACAAAUAAGACAUUUAAACCCCUUACAGGCUACUUGUGGAAGAGACUUUUAACCUUUCUCACUUGUAAAAUAUUGAUAGAAGAAAGCCAGAAUAAAAGACAAACAACAGCUAUUCCAAUACUGUGAUGUAUAGUUAGAUUAUUGUGCUAACUGCUCUUAUCUCACGUCGGCUACUUAUGCAAAACUAAAAGAUCGAAGAUAAAACAUUUGAGCUC